AUGCCCGCCGUCAUCUCUUCCAAGUCCUCAUCGGGGUCGAGGAAGGAGAGGAACGUGGGCUUCAUGCGAGACCCCGUGUCCGCCGUCUCACGUCCCGUGAACACUGAAGAGUCAUGGGCUGCUCACCACUUCGAGACACACGCACAGAAAUGUGCCUACUGCCGCAAUCCCUAUGAGGUCCACCGCAACCACGAGCAGCUUUGCGAGAUCGGCCACCGUCUCGCCCAGGAUGUGGCCUCGUUCCUGUACCAGCGCGCAGACGGCAAGACGUACAGCACCGUCGAGGAAGAAAACAAGCUCGUCCAGAUUGAGAUACCCAGUGGCUAUACCCAAGUCCGCAGCCUACUUAAGGCCAUUGAGCGAAGCCUCCGUCACCGAACACGCGCUCCUUUUGUCUCGAUGGACCGCACCUACUAUGUUGCUGCCCGCAUGCCAGUGCGCUCGCACUCUGUCAAGGUGGACCAGGAGAUCAAGCACAAGUCGAGACCGCGAUCCGGGGAGAUUGUUGACUGGCCCUCUUCUCCGAAAACGCAAAAGGUCACGGUCGAGGUCGACAACUCCUCUUCCAAGCGUGGUUCCCUCUACGAGCAAGAUCUUGAGCUCCAGCGCCGCAAUGCGAAGAACUAUAAGAUUGAAGUUCGGGAACCAUCGCCACGCGACCGCCGCGAGCACCGCCUCUCCGGCUACUACCGGUGA